AUGGGUCUUUCUGCGCGUCUUCUGACGCUGCGACGUUCACCCAUACUUUUGAAGCUACCAACAUACGUAGCUCUCAUCUGUAUCCUUGUGGGAAUCUCCUGGCUACUACUCCUCCCUCUGAACGAAUAUUCACGGCAGACAUACAUCUCCGAGAACGCGAUUCUCCCCGGUCAGGUCCAUACAUACUUCGGCGGGAGCGAGCACAAUGUCUUUCGAGCAUAUCGUCAGGAGGUCUGGUCGCUGGGUCACAGGCAAUCUGAUGAGGAGGUGACGAAUGGGCUGUAUGAUCUGCUGCAAGAGAUUGGGCUGAGGCCAGCGCGACAACCGUACAGCUUCCAAGUUGCGGGCGAGACUAUCGCAGGAACCAAUGUCUAUGGCCUCCUCCAAGGUCCACGCGCCGACGCGACUGAGGCGAUGGUCCUUAUGGCUGCUUGGCGGAACUUCGACGGCGAGGUCAACUACUCGGCGGUUGCUCUGGUCCUGACACUGGCAAGAUACUUCAAGCGGUGGAGCGUAUGGAGCAAGGACAUUCUGGUACUCUUCCCAGCGGACAGCACGUACGGUCCAGAGGCUUGGGUUUCGGCGUACCACAGCACGUCAACCAUACCUACUGCUUCUCGGAAUAUCAGCGCCUUGCCAGUCAAGGCGGGUGCCUUACAGGGAGCUAUAGCUUUAGAUUACCCAGUCGGUCCAUGGGGAAAGCGAUUCGACAAGCUCGACGUGCUCUACGACGGGGUCAACGGCGCCCUCCCAAAUCUCGACUUGCUCAACACUGCUGUAUCUGUCGCUAGCAGCCAGAUGGGCAUUGGCUGCAGCCUUCACGGGAUCAUCGAUCAUUCCGACAGCUAUCAGGACCGCCUCAAAUGCCUCGCCAAGGGCGUCAUGUCACAAGCUGCGGGACAUGCAACCGGUCCUCAUUCUGCGUUCAUGCCAUAUCACAUUGAUGCAAUCACUCUCAAAACUGUGGGAGAUGGCUGGCACGAUGAGAUGAGUCUGGGCCGUGUUGCAGAGAGCAUGUUCCGCUCGAUCAACAACCUUUUGGAGAAGUUCCACCAGAGCUUCUUCUUCUACAUUCUCCUGAACACUCAUCGUUUCGUCAGCAUUGGUAGCUACCUGCCUGCUGCGAUGCUUGUGGCAGGAAGUUUCACCAUCAAUGCGCUAGCGCUUUGGGUGCUGAGUGGCAGAGGACCCGUGGAAUCUCCUGGCAAACCCAAACCCACCGGAGGAACAAGCGAAAAGCUCAAGGAGAAAGCUCUUGUGGCAGUUCAGGACGGAGAAGAUGUGGCGCUCGUCCCGAAAUCAGAGCUUGAAGUGAUCGAGCGGAAGAUGUUCCUGCCAGCGAUUGUUGUUUUGGGUGUACAUCUGAUGAGUCUGGUGCCGCUGUAUGUUCUCACUCACAAAGAGAAGUCGGGCAUCACUUUUGCGUUUAUGGCACUGGCGAUAUCCAGCUACCUUCUGCCAAUCUACCUCAGCGGCGUGCUUGUCAGGGUCUGGGAUGCCAGCGUUCAACAGCUCCAGAUGCUGCAGUCGUUCUCGCUGCUAUUUGUGGGAGCAACACUGUCGACCUGGGCUACUAUCAACUUCUCACUUGCCCUGAUUGUUGGUCUGCUCGCAUCUCCACUCAGCUUCAUCCGGCCAAUGACCUUGACAACCUCAUCAACCGAUCCAAGUGCGCUGCUUAACAUCCUCCACGCAACCAUUUCUUCACUACUAUGGGUCACAACUUCUCCACCACUGGCCAUGCUCGCACUCAGCUGGUACCUGGGCAAGGACAUCACCUGGAUGCUCGUAGAGGUUGCCAAGGGAUGGGCUGCACAGGGCGUUUGGAGCAUACUGGUCAUUUGGAGUGUCUGGUGGCCUGCUUGGGUUCUUGGCGGGAUCGUACUGUUCAGUGGCAUAGUACGACCUACAAGAAGCUCAUGA